AUGCUCUGUCAGACCGGACUCAUGGUGAGUGAGCUGCGAGUGGCACAACACAACCCUGCCACAACACAACCCUACCACAACACAACCCUGCCACAACACAACCCUACCACAACACAACCCUGCCACAACACAACCCUAACACAACCCCACCACAACACAACCCUACCACAAAAACAUGCACGUGGCCGACAUCGCGCAGACUGCACAUUACAUGCUCUGUCAGACCGGACUCAUGAACUGGCUGUCGGACCUGGAGAUCUUCGCGACGCUGGUGGCGGCGGUGGUCCACGACUUCGAGCACACCGGCACCACCAACAACUUCCACGUGAUGUCGGGCUCCGACACCGCGCUGUUGUACAACGACCGCGCUGUUCUGGAGAAUCAUCACAUCAGCGCCGCCUUCAGGCUGAUACGCGAGGAGGACUGCAACAUCCUUCAGAACCUGUCCCGGGACGAGUUCCGCGAGUUCCGCACGCUGGUGAUUGACAUGGUGCUGGCGACGGACAUGUCGUUCCACUUCCAGCAGCUGAAGAACAUGCGCUCGCUGCUGUCACUGGCCGAGCCCACCGUCGACAAGUCCAAGGCCGCCUCGCUGGUGCUGCACUGCUGCGACAUCUCGCAUCCGGCGAAGAGAUGGGACCUGCACCACAGGUGGACGAUGAGCCUCCUGGACGAGUUCUUCCUGCAGGGCGACAAGGAGCGCGAGCUGGGGCUGCCCUUCAGCCCGCUGUGCGACCGCAACAAUACGCUCGUGGCCGAGUCGCAGAUCGGCUUCAUCGAGUUCAUCGUGGAGCCCAGCAUGGCGGUGUGCGCCGACAUGCUGGAGUGUGUGCUGGGACCGCUCGCCGCCGCUCCCGGCUCUACUCUGGCUCGUACUCCCGCCGUCUCCAACGACGAUACGCAGGGUAACGAAGGCAAUGCCAAGUUCAAGAUCAGGAAGCCGUGGAUAGCUUGUCUGAGUGAUAAUAAGAAAAUAUGGAAAGAACAAGCUACAAAAGAUGCCGAAGCUCGCGCUAAGCAAGAAGAAGAAAGCAACAAUCCUCCUCCGCCCACGGAAGAAUAA